AGAUUUAGUUGUGUCUUUCUGUAUGUAUGAUAGUUUCAUUAUCAGUCUGAUGUAUCUGUAUGUUAGGCUUUCCAUUACAAACCAGGUGAGGAUAAAAAAUGCCACAGCCAGGUACUGCUACAUCCAGGGGCGGACUGACCAUUUGGAAACUCGGCCACUGCCCGAGAGGGCCCGGGAUGCCCCUGGUACCUUUUUCAUAGGCUUUUUUGAGUUUGGGCAAGGACACAAGGGCCCCAUGAUCCCCUAUUGCCCGGGGGGGGCC